AAGGCAAAGUUCAGACUUAUCUACUUUGCGCUCUGUUUCCUGCCCCUCUGCGCACUGCAACUAACAAAAAUUCUUCCACUGCCUUAUCUUUUCAUCACCCUUGGAAACAAUUCCCCAAAUCCCCACUCUACCCUACCGCCAUGGGAGAAGACAAAGCAAUUUUACGCUUCCAAACCAUCCCAGGCCUUACCCCUUUGGGAACAACGAAGCCCGAUGACUUUCUCUGUCGAAACGCCCCCCUCACUUUUAAUUUCAGUAACCGCUACCCCAGGGGCACUGCUCGUAAUUUCGCUUCUCUUUCCAUGGCAGAGAGGAGACAACAGCAACGGGAUUUCGCGCCUUCUCCAGCUCAGCUACUCAACCACCCUUUGGCUUCUCUAGCUUACGUCCCCAGAGACGCUGCCAUUUUCGCAGCUGGCGCUGUCGCUGGUGCCGUCGCUAAAACCGUUACGGCUCCCCUCGACCGAAUCAAGCUUCUUAUGCAGACUCAUGGCGUUAGAGCUGGGCAAGAGAGUGCAAAAAAGUCCAUUGGUUUUAUUGAGGCGAUUGUAUUGAUUGGGAAGGAUGAUGGAAUUAGAGGGUACUGGAAAGGCAAUCUUCCUCAGGUGAUAAGAGUUGUACCUUACAGCGCUGUCCAGCUCUUUGCUUAUGAAACUUAUAAGAAACUUUUUGAGGGAAAAGAUGGUGAGCUAUCUGUACUUGGAAGACUUGCUGCUGGAGCUUGUGCCGGCAUGACAUCUACUUUUAUAACAUAUCCAUUAGAUGUCCUAAGGCUACGCUUAGCUGUCGAGCCGGGGUAUCGGAAAAUGUCUGAGGUUGCCCUGACCAUGUUGCGGGAGGAAGGUUUUGCAUCCUUUUAUUAUGGUCUUGGACCUUCUCUCAUAAGCAUAGCUCCGUAUAUUGCUGUGAACUUUUGCAUAUUUGACCUUGUGAAGAGGGCUUUGCCCGAAAAAUAUCGCCAAACAACUCGAGCAUCUCUACUGACAGCGGUAGCAUCAGCUGCUGCAGCUACCAUGACCUGCUAUCCUUUAGACACGGUGAGAAGACAAAUGCAAAUGAGGGGUACUCCGUAUAAAUCAGUCAUGGAGGCCAUUCCGGGUAUUAUUGAACGUGAUGGAGUUGGUGGCUUGUACAGAGGAUUUGUUCCAAAUGCAUUGAAAAACCUUCCAAAUAGCAGCAUUAGGCUUACCAUCUUUGACAUUGUCAAACGUCUGAUAGCGGCGAGUGAAAAAGAGUUGCAGCAAAUUGUGGAUGAAAACCGCCAGAAAGAGAAGCAGGAAGCGAAUAUUGUGCAAUCCUCAUCCUCAUGAUGUGCAAGUCAUCUCAUUUUUUAUGUUUGUUGGCUGUAUCCAAUUUUUGUACGAGAGAAUACUUUCAGCUGGAGUUACCAAUUGUUUCCGCCAAUUAGGGAUCAUGUGUAUGCUACUGAGAAUU